AUGAGUCGCGGCGGAAAGCUCGCCCCGGAAGUCAACCGUGCUCUGUUCGUCAAGAAUCUGAGCUUCAACGUGACCCCAGAGGAUCUCUUCGACCUCUUCGGCAAAUUCGGCCCUGUGCGCCAAAUCCGCCAGGGCAUCGCCAACAAUACAAAGGGCACCGCGUUCGUCGUCUACGAGGAUGUCAUGGAUGCAAAGUCUGCCUGUGACAAGCUGAACGGCUUUAACUUCCAGAACCGCUACCUCGUCGUAUUAUAUCAUCAGCCAGAGAAAAUGAUAAAAGCGGCGAACGACCUCGCAGAGCGCCAGGAGAACUUAGAAAAGCUCAAGAAACAACACGGUAUCGAUUAG